AUGCCUUGGUCUUUCCAGAUCGAAGGUAUGCUUGACGCUAUCCUGGCUAUAUCUUCUGCUCAGUUGGCGAGGCGAAGCCAGGACGCAGAACGCGCCAAACAUCUUCGCGCCGUAUCCUCCCGCCACGAGAGGAAGUGCUAUCAGUUCAUCAAGGAGCGCUUGAACCCGUCGGGUGGAUUACCAGAAGAUACCUACCAGGUCACUGCGGUGAUUCUCAUCCUGGUAGGACUAGAAGCACUCAACGGUGUCAAGACUACGAGAUGGAUAUCGCAACUGAAGAGUGUGCAACGGAUACUUAGUGCGCUCACUCCGGAACAGAGCAUCAUGGACUGUGUUGAAGUUGAUUCUCUGCAUCGACACUUCACUUACCACUUCGCCUCUGCUUCGCUCAUGGCGCGGGUGUCAAACGCCGGAAAGGCCUGUUCGGCAGAGCAGGGCUUGAUACCAAUCAGCGCCGCCCUAAUGCCAGGCACAAUCGACCCGCUCAUGGGAAUCUCAUACCAGCUAUGCGACCUGAUUUCACGGAUACAGUAUGUCACCUCUUCGAGUCCCGCGUUUCCCCUCGCUACCGAAGCGUCUUUCAACGUGAUCGAGAAGGGUAUACAGAAUUGGGCUUACGACAACCCGUUUGCACUUGGCGUCGAUACUUCUAUAGCUCUCGACCUCAUCGCCUUGGCAGAAGCCUACCGUUUAGCAGCUCUCAUUCAGCUCUACCGCACCUCGCCUAGCCAUUCAGCCAAUAUUGCGGGCUGUGCAUCACGCGCGAUGGAGUUUAUCGCUCGUAUACCACCGGGAAGCGCCGCGGAGUCAAGUUUGCUCUACCCAAUAUUCCUCGCUGGAGCCGAGCUAGAUGAUGAAGCGGCCAUCGAGAAGUGUUUCCAGAGGCUAGAGGAUAUCCAGAAUAGGAAUCGGUACGAGAACGUUGAAUGUGUCCAAAAGGUGUUGAAAGAAGUGUGGCGACCGAAGCUUGAAGGUGGUCAAAGAAGGGACUGGGAAGAAGUGGUAAGAGAGUGGAACUGGUCAUUUACUUUGGGUUGA